UAAAACAGUUGACAAUCUCAAACACUAUGUGGCGUCUGCUAAUGUUUUGAAUACCACCUGCUGUUGCUGACAUGGUGAACAAUGAUGAGAUAAAAUAAGUGCUUGGUCCGAACGGAUGAAAAGGGUCAUACAUUUACUUUGUGGAAGAAUGGAAAUAGAUCCCAUACAUUUGAGGGGAAAGCAUAUUGUUUGACAGCAUGGAUGAAUUGUGGUCGAGAAAUGAAAAACGUAGAUGGCUGCUCACAUUAUUUUUGGGGACCUCAGCUCUUUAUGCAAGCAGGACUUCUGUCCCCCUUGCUAUACCAGAAAUUACCAAGGAACGUGGCUGGAGCAAAAAAGACUCAGGGAUGAUAUUGUCGAGCUUUUUUUGGGGAUACACUCUGACUCAGGUGUUCGGUGGUUAUUUGAGUGAUAGAAUUGGAGGACAAAAAGUAAUAUUAAUUGCUGGGAUUGGAUGGUGCAUUGUUACUUUUUUCAUGCCUCAAAUGAUAUGGCUGUUUUCAGAUGCCAGUAUUUCUGUAAAUUUUAUUGUAUUCAUAAGAGUUUUGCAUGGAGCAUUUCAAGGUGUCCAUUUUCCCAGCCUGAGUAGCUUAACUGCUCAGAAAAUUACAGAGAAAGAGAGAGCCUCAUUUUUUAGUAUCUUAACAUCAGGGUCUGCUGUUGGCACUCUGUUCACUGGUGUUGUGGGAUCAAAUGUGUUAGAAUAUUAUGGAUGGCCAUUUGUGUUCUACUGCAUUGGUUCCCUUGUUUUAUUAUGGAUACUUCUACUAAAUUUCUAUGCCCUGUCCCUAAACAGAAGAAAAAAUAACCUGUAUUUGCCUUCAAAGCCACACCCACCUCUUUAUAUCAAAGAAAGCUUGCCGGUACCAUGGAUGAGACUUUUUACAAAUCUUUCUUUCUGGUCUUGUGUGCUUGGACAUACAUGCCAGAACAAUUGUUUUUUUCUUUUAUUAUCAUGGCUGCCAACAUAUUUUCAUGAUAUGUACCCUGAAGCUAAGGGCUGGAUUGUAAAUAUGGUACCAUGGCUGUUCUGUAUACCUUGUACAUUUUUUGGUAGCUGGAUGUCUGAGAAACUUAUAAGCAGUGGCUAUGGUAUUACAGCUACAAGAAAAAUUACUGAAGUAUUUUGCUUGGGUUUGCAAGCCAUUGGAUUGGUGUUAAUACCUCUAGCAGGAAAUUACAAAUGGGCCCUUGUUUGGGUGUCUCUUGCAAUAGGAUCAACUGGUUUCCACAACAAUGCAAUACUGGUAAAUCCUCAAGAUCUUGCUCCAAAACAUUCCGGUAGUGUUUUUGGAUUGAUGAACACUGUUGGAGCUAUACCAGGUUUCUUAGGAGUAUACCUAGCUGGGUAUGUGCUGGAGACAACAAAGAGUUGGGAAGCAGUGUUCCAGACAACUGCUGCAAUAAAUUUAAUUGGUUGUGUUAUGUACGUAAUAUUUGGAAGUGGAGAUUCCAUUGUGUGAUGUUGACAAAAGCUUUUAAUGAACAAAGUAUUCAAUAUUGUAACACUAAUACAAACCAGAAGAAAUAGAAUUCAUGGUCCAGUCUUGGUGCCAUUCUUUCAAAUUUUAUGUCAGUUGAAAGGAUUUCACAGACUUCUCCACUUCUGGAAGUGUAUGACUGGCAUGCAGAUUAUAAAUGAAAAGUUCAUUGGACAAGCAAAUAAGGCUACCAGUAUUCACUAAGACUUAAAGGGUACUAUAAUUGUUAGGCAGGCUCAGAGACUGAUCUCUUAAAGAUUUGGUGUCAACAGAUGAGAGAAAGACCUAAGGAAGUCAAUGCCUACUUGUCUACAUUUUCUGGUGCUUCCUGGUACUGUAUGCAGAUUUAUGAUUGUGUGCUUGGCUUCAGACUGCCAGAGAGUAAUCAUGGUACUCAACCUCUCAAACUUCACUUGCUGACAGACAAAAAUUUCAAAUGGGCCUCCUGUCUAGACCAGAGCUGGGGAUGUGAGCUGCAUGCAGGCACUGUGGACUUUUGUAUCACCUUUUGUCUUGUGGGCACGAUGCAUGUGCAGUGAUCUCUUACUCAUGAACAGGAUUGCCAAUGAUACACAAUUGACAGCCCGAGUUUGUAUUGACAUUAGUAUCCUUUGCAUUGUCAUAAUUAUCACAGUAUGACAAUGUAAUGAAUACUUACAACCCAAUAUAACAUGUACAUAGUACUUUCAGAAGUGUUGCCUUAAAAACCAAACUUCUGUUACGCAAAAGUGCCAUGGAAUGAAAAAGUAAUAAUAGUUAGCUUGUAAAAAUUCUGUCACAGAGAAAAGCAAAUGAAUUUAUGCAAGUGUGCAGGCAUUUUUGUCUCAUAAUACUUUGAUGUCUUCAUGCUAGCUGGGGAGAAAAAAGAAAGAAAGGAAACAUUUAAAAACAACAUCUUGACACAACCAGCAUACUUUACAAAAAUAUGGUCCAUCGCCAUAAUCAGACCCCAGCUCUGCCAGGAAGGAUUUAAAACUGAUGAUGCCCUAAACCAAGCUAUUUCAAUUUAUUAACUGUUUGUACAACAGUGUCCAUGACAUGACUUAUUUCGGCUCAUUUUGCCAGCAGAUCAGUGUGAGUUAGGAUGCUCUGUAUUGCUGGUGUUUUCUGUUGGAUACCAACUUCUGUUACCAGUUUGUUAUUAAAUCAACUACGCCAGACUUUUGACCACUCGUUGCAGGAGCUCCACCUGUUGCAAUCAACAAAAAUUUCCUCUACAGGAGUCCUAUUCGUCAUCAAGGUUUCCUAAGUAAAAAAAGUAUGUCAUCGCCCAUGGUUGUAUCAUGCAUUGGCACUAAAUCAAGGAGUUCCUUCAUCAAGUUGAACAUCUGCAAACUGUUCUCCAUGAAAGGGGAACUCUUCCGAUAACUGGAAGAGACUAUGGACACAAGAUUGUUGCGGCAGCAACAAAACACUGUUUAACAAAUUUUCCAUUGCUGAAGCAACAUGCUGUUUUGGUUAUUUUGAGAGAUAAGUGAUAGCUCACUCUCAAUACACCGUUAUGGUGGGUGACAUGUAAACACGUUAAAAGGGAGAGGUAAAAUCGAGAGUAAAACUAUGUAAUGCUUUAUAAAUAAUAGUAACAUUUUCAAGAAAUGACAUAUAUGAACUUUCUCUCUUUCCUGUUUUGGGUCAAGAAGUUUGGCCUUCCUUUCCACAAUACCCAAAGUGAUUACAAAUUUUUUUAUGUGGGUUGAAGGAUAAGGAUUCAAUCAAUUUUCAUUUUGAGGGUCUUAACUUCUCGUCAGCCAUUUUAUUCUCAUUAACUUUGUCCUACCACGAACAUCAAAGAAACUUCGAUACUGGUAACACUAAUAACACCAAAUAAACAGGCUCACCUUGCAGAGUGAGCACCAAUAAUAAACGAGCAAUUUUAGCGGAGAGGUGGAGGAGGAGGAACUGCUGGCUGACAUCACUCACGGGCAAGCAGUUUGGGCCCUCAUGGACACCCAUGCUCACCAUAGCACUUUGCCCGCCCUUGGUCUAGAUUGUUGUCAUUUCUUCGACAAUUCAGUAUUAAAUUCAGAACAAUGUGGUCAUAGUUAUAUGUUUGUAUUUGUGUUAUAUCUACUGUGAGCAUUGCAUCAAUCACCUCUCUAACGGAAGAGUCAUUUUUUCUCCCCUUCAGUUAUAGUACCCUUAUUUCAACGUAUUAGCUUUCAAUUUAUGUUUCUCAGAUAUAUUUAAAAAAUCACUUUCUAUUUAUGCAUGUUUCUCUCAGCAACUUCCAUUCACAAAAAAUUAUAAUCUAAUCUGUAGUUUUGUUCUUUGCACACUAUAAUUUUUAUUGUUAGAGAUAUGGUGGUUUUUUUUUUUUUUUGGAGGGGGGGGGGGGGGGGGGGGGACGACAACAUUCCAUGAUUAAAUUCAAUUUAUAUGGUUAAAGAAAUAACUUUUGUAGCAUCUUUUUGAUGUAUUAAAAUUAUUAUUUAUUCCUACAUGAGAGUAUUUUACAUUUUUAACAUUCUUACCAAUAUGGAACAUCAAAAGGUAUACUCUUCAAUAAUUGCAUGAUAUGCAGAAGAAAAGCAUGAAUGCUGUGAUAUUUCCACAACAGAGCUUACAUGUCUGUGAUAAAAUGUAACAUUCCAAAUGAAUUACAUAUAACAAAAAUAAUACCUGUUAAAACAUGUGACUUUAUUUUAUUUUAUGUAAGUAUUAUGUUCAUCUUGAGGAUGAACUGAAAUGGUCUAUAAUAGUUAUUAUGUGAACAAAUAAAACUUUAUCUGAUUCAUUUUCCUAAUGAUUGUUGUUGGUCAAUUUGUUUACCAUGUGAAGAAUGUGGGUCAUGCUUAUUGUUCACAUAUAAAGUGUUAAUAGUUAGUAAUUAUUAUGUUAAAAAUAUAAAAUAUUUAAGGCUUUGUCAGAAAAUAAGUCUCUUUUAAUUUAACUCUUGAAAUGUUAUGUGGUAAACAGAUUCCACUGAAAUUCCUUAUCAGAGCUCUAGAACAAAUAACAUGUGCCGCUUCAGCUAAAGAUGUCCAUCAUUGAGGGCCCUAUUAACCAAAGCAAUUGGGAGAAGAAUGUUUUGUGUUCUUGUAGAUUGCGUAGAAAAUACGGUUGUCAGCAUGAACUGCUUCUCUGACUCAGAAUCAGUUUAAUGAGUUCUGUUGUUUCAAAAGACUUAUGCCAGGCCAUUGAAACACAUGCAAUAAUAAUAAUGAUAAUAAUAGUGUUGUUCUUUUCUGAUUUAUUGAUAUCUUUGGGUUCUGUUUUCUUAUUUCACCUGAUGCAUAUAAUAAUGACCACUUGAAGACUGUUCUCUGCCAUACUCUACAUCUCCCCCCCCCCCCCCCCCCAUCAUCACCAAUCUUGCUCUCCUUCCUGUUCUUCAUAGCUCACUGUCAUUGCUUUGCUAUUUCUGUCUUGCUCUGUGCUAUAUUUCCCUCCACGAUUUUAUACCUACCAAAUAUGAAUUCUGUAGUUUGCCAAUGGCUUGCUGGCUGUAGCAAACAGUUUUGUUUGGUUAUUAUUUAAUUCACUAAGAUAAAGAUUACCAGAGUAAUUGAGUUGAAAUAUAUGUCCUACUCAGUGUAAUCUGUUAACCAGUCACUUGACCGAGAUCUAGACUAAUUUUUUCCCAGAGUGUAUUUGAGAUUAAAUUUUUGGUUACAGCUUGUCUUUUAAAAGAUGUGUUUGUUGACAUGAAAUGUAUUCUUGGUUAAAAAUUUUGUACGGUGUUGCACACAUUUUGUUAUGUUUCUUUGUAAAGCAGUUUAAUGACAAAUGUUGUUCACCAUUCUGCAAGAAAAGUUGAUAGAUUCAGUGAUAUGAUACUACACUGGCACAUUUUCUUGACAAAAUGAAUGCUUAAGAAGACAAGGUAAACAUAUUACAUGACAGUUUCUUCUCUGUUUCAAUGUCGUUCACAUUUGUUUUUAUUCUGUUGCGUCUUGUGGACACAUUCUAACUUUUCUGUAUGUUAAUAAGAUAAGAUGAAUUAGAAAUAUGCUGUUUGUUCUUUUAGCAGUAUUUGUCAUCCUGUCAUGCCUUUUUUUAAAUUAUUUUCUGAUGUCUUUUUUCCUAUCCUUGACUGAAUGUACAUGAAAAGUAUUAAACAGUUUAUUACAAUAUAAAAUCAA